AUGGACUUUCUCCUCUCCGUCCCAAUCCUCUCUUACCUCCUCACCCCCUCCUCCCCAUCACUGUCAACAUCACUCAACAUCCUCUUCUUCUACAUGACAUGGACCAGUCUCGUCCUGUCGCACACGUCUCUCCGCAUCCGCCUCCUCGGCACCCUAGCCAUACGCACAGUCCUGUAUCUGAUACCCUCUCUGCUCACACUGCUCUUCGACGCUUCGGUGCCCAGCCUUGCAGAGUCGAUCAAGCUUGGCGGUCGCACAUCGUUGCCGCCGCGCAAUACCCGUGUCAUCGCGCGCCAGGUUGGAGUCGCGGCGCUGAAUCUUGUGUUUGUCACUGCCGUUGAAGGCGCAUCGAAUUUGGGAUUCAAUUACAUUUUGAAGGAGGAUGACUUCAAGACAAACUCCACGCUGCCUUUGCCAUGGCAGUUGGCUAAACACUUACUGUUGAUGUUAACGGCACGCGAGGUGCUUACUUACUACAUCCACCGACACGUGCUUCACUCAAACGGCGCCGUUGCGAAGUAUCAUAAGCAAUUCAGCCACGCUCGAUCUGCGGCUCCCUACAGUCUCCUCCUCUUCGUGGACCAUCCCAUUCCUUUUUUGCUUCACCACUUCCUCCCCAUUUAUCUCCCCUCCAUCGCCCUCCGUCCCCAUCUUCUCACAUACUUCCUCUUCCUAGCUAUUUGCACAGCAGAGGAAACCCUUGCAGCAUCAGGCUACACCGUAAUCCCUGGUAUAAUCAUGGGCGGAAUGACGCGCCGCACAGCAGUGCACUAUGCCAGCGGAGGCAACUGCAACUACGGCGCAUGGGGCUUGCUGGACUGGAUGAACGGCACUUCACGCGGUAGAGAUGUUCUCGACGAUGUUAGGGCCGAGGCGGAGAAGCAUAACGUGAAGGAAAGGUCUGCGAAUAAGCUGGACAGCGGUGUGAGCGCCAUCCAAGGAGGGAUCAAUAGGUUGACAAAUGACGAUGACAGCGGCAGGAGGAGAAGCUCAAGACUGAAGUCGAAGCGCGCAUCUUAG